AGAACGCAGUUGUUAUGGGCAGGAAGAAACAUUAGUCCUCUCACACACCUGAUUACUAAUCUCCACGCCGUUCACGUCCCAACCCUUCCUACACCCAUCUCCUUCGCUCAGUCUAUCGCUCCGCCUACCUCCACCGUCCUCCUCACCUAGUCCUUAGCCGCCCACGCCCUCAUAUCCCCAUCACCUCCAUAAACCUCCAUCUCUGAUCUCUCAGUCACCGCCGAAUCCUCUCUCUCAUCCUUCGGCAGAUAUAUAAUUCAUAGAUAUAAGAGAUGGAUGCGAAAGCCAGGAACAAGGCGUUGUUUCGUGCGAGAUUGAAUGCCCAGAAGAAGGACAAGCGCAUAGACUCUCCGCUCGUACGGUACAAUGAAUCUGAGCAGCCUGUGUGCAAGGUUUGCGACAUUGCUCUGAAAUCUGAAUCACAAUGGGAUGCACAUCAAGCAUCUCGUAAACAUCGUGAGGCACUAAGUAAUUUCAAAGCUACAGCUGCUGGACUAAACCGAGUCAACAAUGCAAAAGCUGAAGCCCAUCCAGAUUUGUCAAAACCUAAGCCAGAACAUUCUGUGGAGUUGCUUAAACCAGGACCUGAAGGCUCUACAGAAUUGCCUAGAGAGCAGUCGUCAUCUGGGCUUCCUCCAGAUUUUUUUGAUAACCAUGAUGCAAAAAAGCAAAAUACAGGAAGGGAAAAGGUGCAGACAAGAAAUAUUGAACCUGCCAGGGACCUUACACAGACAUCAUCACAGGUUGUCAGUUCAGAGGCCAAGCAAAUAAAGGGAGCUCUUCCUGAAGGCUUCUUUGACAACAAGGAAGCUGAUUUAUCUGCACGAGGAAUAAAGCCUGUUAAGCUAGAUGUCAAAGAUGAGUACAGAGAAUUUGAGAAGUUGAUACAAGAGGACUUGAAGGAGGUUGAUAAUCGUAUGGAAGAAGAGGAGAUUGAUGCUGCUGAGACGAUAGAAGAGGCUGAAUCAGUGGAGCAAAGGGCAUAUAGGGAGAAAGUGGAAUUGUUGAAAAAGAAGAAAAUGGAACUGAAGGCUUCCAGUGCUGCCAAGCGCAAAAGAGUUCCGGAUGUCGUAAAAAAAGAGCCUAGUCACGAUGAGUCAUCAAGCGACAGCGACACGGAUGAGAAUUUUGCAGUGGAUUGGAGAGCACAGCAUUUGUGAAUGCUCUUGGGGUCUCCUCCAGGAUCCGUUCUUGACAUUUUCGAAACCUGACAAUGUAAUGUGCCAAGUACUUGGUUUUGGAUUCCUUGUGCUCUCUAAUUGCAAUAUGGUAUAUGUAUAUGUACGAUGGGGAGUAAGCGAAUGUGAAAAGCUAAAAUGUCUACGCAGCUCAUAUGGGUACCCCCCACAAUGUCAGAAGAAACAAUGCGUUGUGGCAAAUAUAUUUUCCAGUCGACGACUA